UGGGAGAGUCUUUAGGAAAAGGCAAUGAUCAUAAAGACAUGGACAUCAUUACCAAAUUCCUUAAGUUUCUUCUUGGCGUUUGGGCCAAAGAAUUGAAUGCCAGAGAAGAUUACGUGAAACGCAGUGUGCAGGGUAAAUUGAACAGUGCUACUCAGAAACAGACUGAGUCCUAUCUCAGACCACUUUUUAGAAAGCUACGGAAAAGGAAUCUUCCUGCGGAUAUUAAAGAAUCAAUAACAGAUAUUAUCAAAUUCAUGUUGCAGAGAGAAUAUGUGAAGGCGAAUGAUGCUUAUCUUCAGAUGGCCAUUGGAAAUGCACCUUGGCCCAUUGGUGUCACUAUGGUCGGUAUCCAUGCCAGAACUGGCAGAGAAAAGAUUUUUUCAAAGCAUGUUGCACAUGUUUUAAAUGAUGAAACUCAGCGGAAGUAUAUUCAGGGAUUGAAGAGAUUAAUGACCAUUUGCCAGAAACACUUUCCGACAGAUCCAUCAAAAUGUGUGGAGUACAAUGCACUGUGAGAUCUGCACGGGGGUAACAGUGAGGAACUCGAGGAGGCGUGGUGCAGGCUUCUGGGAUUACCAACAGGCACGAGGGAAACAAAGACUGGAAUCUCUGGUUUCUUGCGUUCUACCUGAUGCAGCUUUUGACUGGUUUAAGAAUUGCGUUGGCUAUCAUAUCACAUCUGACUGCAACAUGAUUUUGGUGUCUUAAUUUCACUUUAAAUAGCUAAAAAAUCAAAUUCUACAGACUUUCUCCACAAUUUAAAUUAGGCAACGGCAACAGAAGAAGUUUAAGACGACCUUUCCCCAGAAAACCAGAAGGGUGUGCAUAGAAGAUUAAGAAACAUUUGAGACUGUACUUGAUUAUUUCUGUAAAAUAUGAUAAUCUCACAUUGUCUUAUGUAGUAUUUAUUGAAAAUAUUUUUAUAUAUUUCAACAAAAAUAUGGAACAAAACUUUGUUAAUACUGAAAUGUUUAUAGUCCUUUUGCCAUCUUACAGUAGAAUUUGAAUGUAAAGGUAACUUAACUCAAGUGUCUUAUUUUUCUUGCAUUUUAAAGCUUGCUUUUUCUCUUCAGGAUGGUCAGUUUUAGUAUUUGACAUAGCUCAGGGCAGAUAGAAUUAACAGGAAAUAGAGGUUUGAAAAACAAAGAUGAUAUAUUAUACAAACAUAGGUUUAAAACAAAAUAACACCAGUGCCUGAAGUUCAUGGCGGCAAAGGCGUUGUAAAGUCAGCCUCUCGGGAAU